AUGGCCGCCAGCCACGGCCCAGCUCCCGCCUACUUCGGCGCUCCUCAAGAUCUGUAUCACCACAGGGGUGAACAGUUCAUGAUGGCGCAAACACUAUCGGGUCCGCGUGCCUCUCGCGGGUCUUACACAUUGCAGACGACACCCAUGGAUCCGAAAGUGGUAUUCGAGGCGAUGCCUGUGUCGCUCAACCGGCCGCGGAGGCUUUCCCAGGCGUCUUCCAUGACCACCACAAGCAUCAACAGCUCAAGAGAGAGUUUAGAGACACGCUGCCGGAGCUCGUCGUACAGCAGCAACAGAACGAGCAUCGACUCCAAGGGCUCCACCAUGUGGAGGCCCGAUUACAUGUAUCCGCGACCGAGUCAGACGACAGUGUUCAGGAAAAAAGCGAAGCCUGGAGAGAUCUUUGCGAAGCUGCCCGGUGAGGUUCUGGAGCUGAUCCUGGGAGAGCUCAAGAAGGCGCAUCUUGGCAAUGGCAGCCAGAGCUGCGCAACAUGUUGGAUGCGGGAUCUGUGUUCGGUCAGCCUGACGGCGAGGAAAUGGUGCAAGUUCGCACGGGUGGCCUUGUACGAGGACAUCCAGCUUGUGGGAGCCGACUCGGCGUCCCAGAAGAAGCGACACAAGCUCACAUUCGGCACGCGGAUGAUGCUGCUCAGACGGACCUUGAGGGCAAGCCCGUAUCUUGCCGGCAUCGUUCACACAGUCAAGGUCCCCAGACCUCCGGCCGGGAUCGCAUUGGAGGACUAUCACAAUCAGGUGGCAGCGCUGAUCAUGGCCUGUCCCAAUUUUGAGCGCCUCAUCGGCCUCCACCCCCAGUAUAACCAUUCGUUCAGCAAGCUGACCCACGCGCUGUCGACUCGCAAGCAACUCAAGCACAUGGACUGGAUCGUCGAACCCUCCCCGUACCAAAGACAGCACCGGCUCAAGUCGAGCUCCGGCGGUAACGCCGCGGCCCCCACGCAACAGGCUUGCGAUUACUCCGUGACCCCCGGUGACCUGCAGCCGUAUCAGAGCGCGACCUUCCUCGAGUGGCACGCCAACUGGGCCAACCUGACGACCCUGACGGUCCACUGCCUCCCCGGCGCGACCCUCACCCCGGAUAACCUCAUCAGCUCGGCGCUGGCGCGCCUGACGUCUCUGCAGCACCUGUUCCUGUCGCGCAUGCCGGUGACCGCCUUCAACGACAGCACGCUGCUCUCGCUCCCCCCCUUGCGUACACUAUCCCUCAUGCACGUACCGGGUGUCACCAGCAGCGGCAUCUCCGCCCUGGCCACUCUGCCGACAAGCCAGGCCAUCCAGAACCUGACUUUGCGCCACGUCGGCCUCGACUCCCUGCCUGCCUUGGCUCGCAUCUUCUCCAACUUCACCCACCUCGAGGCCUUCACGCUCGUCCAGGCCUUCGCCCCCACCCUGCCUGAGGACACUUUCAUCUGGCUCAUGCCCUACCUCGCCUCCAACUCCCUCCGCAAGCUCCACUGGGACAUUACGAGCAACACGGCCGCAGCCAACGCUGCCGACUCCAUACUCGCUCGCAGCAUCGCCGCCGCCGGUUUCCCCUCUCUCCGUAGCCUGCGCACCCCAAAUGAUCCGGAGGGCAUCUUCCAGGCCCUCUGCCGCCCGCAGGAGAGGACCGACAGCGCGACCGACCGCUUCCGCGGGCCCAAUGGGCCCGCCAGGAGCUCCUCGUUCCCUACACCUGGCGCCAACCCUCCCGUUCCGCUGAAGAAACACUCCCGCUCGCCCACGGCACCCGCGUCGCCCAUGGCAGGAAACGAAGCAAACCGAGAGGGCAGCAACCUCCACGUCGCGCGGCUAGCGGCGCAGGCGCGGCUUGAGGCAGCGCGUGCGUCGCCGAGGUUUUUCGUCAACAUCAUUGACGAGGAUGGUACGGUUCUCGAGAAGCACGGGAUCGCGGGGUUCAUCGGCACGGUGGAGAGCCGCAUCAUGUACAACCUAUGGCCCGACGCUGGUGCCAAGGACGAUCGCGGCGGGCUGGUCGAGAUGGCCGACUUGACGGCGGACAACGGCGAAGAUGUCGCGGCCAGCGGACGGGGCGGAUGCCAGGGACGGUGGAACGCAUCGCCGACGUUGCCGGACAAGAAAGACAAGGACAGGUGGUGGCACACGGAGAGGGGUCGGUGGUACCAGCCGGAGCUGGUGUGA